CAAGAUUUAAGGAGGGUUUAUAAAGUCGGUUUGCUGUUAGCCCACCCACCUCCUUCGUACAAAUAUCCAGUUUCCCUAUUUUCUUGUUUACUUUACACUUCGGAGUGAUUCAGUCUCAUGAAUAUCUGCAUUUUUCUUGACCCUUCAUCUUGCUUCUCUUCUAUUUAUUAUCUGUUUCUUCAUUACAACUCUAUUUCUUUCACAAAAAAUCUUGAAAAAUUUGAUGUCCUGCACUGAAACCCCCAUUUCCCUAACCAUCAAAUUCAACCAAUUCACUAAUUUAGAAACAAGCCCAUAUCAGAAUUCCCCUAUUAUGUGGCGAAACAUAGUCAAGCAGUUCUCUUCAAGAACCCCACAAAAGAUUCUUCUUACCUCAAAGAAUCGUACUUAUAGUUUUCUUGGUUUCGGCCAAGAUUCUGUUUCCAAGGAUAAAAGAAUAUUAAGAUCCUUUAUCCCUGUUUCUUGUUCAAAUAGUGGAUUUCUUGAAAUGGGGUUUCAGAAUCUUGGUGAAUUUGAUGAGUUCUUGAGGAGACCCUUAUUGUGUGCUAUGAAAAGUCAAGUGAGUAACAAUGAUAUUUGUCGAAAGAGCUAUGCUAGUGUAGCUGAGGCUGUUGCAGUAUCUUCCACUGAUGCGGAGGAAGAUGUGUCUGUGGUUGGUGAAGUUCAAGAAUUGUUAACAGAAUUGAAGAAAGAAGAGAAAAAACAGUUUACUUUUAGGCGGAGGAAUCAAAGGUUGUUGACUAGUGGUAUUGACCGCAGGAAGUAUCCAGCGCUUAAGAGAAGGCAAGUCAAGAUAGAGACACAGGCAUGGGAACAAGCUGCAAAGGAGUACAGGGAGCUUUUGUUUGAUAUGUGUGAGCAGAAAUUAGCACCCAAUUUGCCAUAUGUGAAGUCAUUGUUUUUGGGGUGGUUUGAGCCUUUGCGCGAUAAGAUAGCUCAAGAGCAGGAAUUAUGUAUCCAAGGGAAGUCUAAAGCAGCUUAUUCAAAAUAUUUUCACCUGUUACCUGCGGAUAUGAUGGCGGUUAUCACUAUGCAUAAGUUGAUGGGAUUGUUGAUGACAGGGGGUGAACAUGGUAGUGCAAGAGUGGUACAAGCUGCGCUUACUAUUGGUGAUGCAAUUGAGCAGGAGGUUAGAAUACACAAGUUUUUAGAGAAAACAGAGAAGCAUAAAGCAGAGAAAGAUAGGAAAAUGGAAGAUGGAGAACAUGCCACUCUAGAACAAAAGAAACUACACAAGAAAGUCACUAGUCUAAUGAAAAAACAGAAGUUACGUGCAGUGAACCAGAUAGUGAGAAGUCAAGACGAUUCAAAGCCCUGGGGCCAAGAUGCUAAAGCAAAGGUUGGAAGCCGUUUAAUUGAGUUCCUUCUACAGACAGCUUAUAUACAGUCUCCUGCUGAUCAGUUAGCAGUUGAUCCACCUGACAUUCGACCUGCCUUUAUACACAGUACUAGAACUGUAGCCAAAGAAACAAAGAGUGCGAGCAGAAGAUAUGGUGUUAUCCAAUGUGAUGAACUGGUUUUCAAAGGACUUGAAAGAACUGCCAGACACAUGGUGAUACCUUACAUGCCAAUGUUGGUGCCUCCUGUGAAGUGGACAGGUUAUGACAAGGGUGGACACCUCUAUCUGCCUUCGUAUGUCAUGCGGACACAUGGAGCAAGACAACAACGUGAAGCAGUAAAGAGAGCCUCCCGGAACCAGUUGCGACCAGUUUUUGAGGCUCUUGAUACUCUGGGAAGUACCAAAUGGAGGAUAAACAAAAGGGUACUUUCUGUUGUUGAUAGAAUAUGGGCUGGUGGUGGUCGUCUGGCUGAUUUGGUGGACCGUGAUGAUGCCCCUUUGCCAGAAGAACCAGAUACGGAAGAUGAGGCAGUUUGCACAAAGUGGAGGUGGAAAGUAAAAUCUGUCAAGAAAGAGAACAGAGAAAGGCACUCACAACGAUGUGACAUCGAGCUGAAACUUGCUGUAGCGCAUAGAAUGAAAGAUGAAGAAGGUUUCUUCUAUCCGCACAACGUUGAUUUCCGAGGUCGGGCAUACCCCAUGCAUCCACAUUUAAACCAUCUCGGUUCUGAUAUCUGUCGGGGUGUCCUGGAGUUUUCAGCAGGUCGUCCUCUUGGAGAGUCAGGUUUGCGCUGGUUGAAGAUACAUCUUGCAAAUUUAUUUGCUGGUGGUGUGGAUAAAUUAUCUCUUGAUGGUAGAAUAGCUUUUACUGAAAGUCACUUGGAUGAUAUAUUUGAUUCUGCUGACAAACCGAUCGAAGGAAGGCGCUGGUGGUUGAAUGCAGAGGAUCCCUUUCAGUGCCUGGCUGUAUGCAUUAAUCUUAGUGAAGCUGUCAGAAGCCCAUCCCCAGAGACAGUUAUUUCUCAUAUUCCUGUACACCAGGAUGGUUCCUGCAAUGGUUUACAACAUUAUGCUGCCCUUGGAAGAGAUAAGUUGGGAGCUGCUGCAGUCAAUUUGGUUGCUGGAGAAAAACCUGCUGAUGUUUACUCUGGCAUAGCAGCUAGAGUCCUUGAUAUUAUGAAUAGAGAUGCACAAAGAGAUCCUGCAGAAUUUCCAGAUGCUGUUCGUGCAAGGGUUUUAGUUAAUCAGGUUGACAGGAAGUUGGUGAAGCAGACAGUGAUGACAUCAGUCUAUGGGGUCACUUACAUUGGGGCUCGUGAUCAAAUAAAGAGGAGGUUAAAGGAGCGUGGUGCAAUUGCUGAUGAUUCUGAGCUAUUUGGUGCUGCUAGCUAUGCCGCAAAAGUCACAUUAACUGCAUUGGGGGAGAUGUUUGAAGCUGCACGCAGCAUCAUGACUUGGCUUGGCGAAUGUGCUAAGAUAAUUGCUUCUGAAAAUGAACCAGUCAGAUGGACAACUCCUCUUGGGCUUCCAGUUGUUCAGCCUUACCGCAAAAUUGGAAGACAUUUUAUUAAGACUUCUCUCCAAAUUUUGACUUUGCAACGGGAAACAGAAAAGGUAAUGGUCAAGAGGCAAAGGACAGCUUUUCCGCCAAAUUUCAUUCACUCCCUUGAUGGUUCACAUAUGAUGAUGACUGCAGUUGCAUGCAGAAGGGCAGGCUUAAAUUUUGCAGGUGUUCAUGACUCGUAUUGGACGCAUGCGUGCGAUGUUGAUAAGUUGAACAGGAUAUUGAGAGAAAAGUUUGUAGAGCUUUAUGAAACGCCAAUUCUAGAGAAAUUGUUGGAGAGCUUCCAAGUUUCCUAUCCUACACUAUCAUUCCCCCCUUUGCCUGAACGUGGGGACUUUGAUUUGAGAGAUGUCAUAGAAUCUCCCUAUUUCUUCAAUUGAUUAGGUUCACGUGUAGCCUCACACCCCUUUAAGUACUAAGCUGGGCAGUGCCUUCUUGGGUUUCAAAUGCCAUAAUGGUAAGACGAUGAAAAGUUUGUUCUUACUACAUAGGAUCCAGUGAGAUGCAGAUUCUGCUGUAUGAUGUAUAAAAACAUGAUUAGCGUCUUGCAUCCUGGAUGCUCUGGUUCUUUUCUCGAUCAUUUAGCCUGCACUCUCUAGUGCAGCUGGGAUAGAAAUUUCCAGCUGAAGCCUGUAUGCGAUGAGAAUUCAGAUUCACCAACCUGUUUCUAACAGAUUAUGGAGGAUAUGUGAUGGUGCCUCGUAAUUUAGUCAUGGUCGAAGAAAGCUUGUGAAUAAAUAUAGAUGAUCAUUCUGGGGUCUAAUUUCUACUGCAGAAGCAUUGAGGUGCAAGGAUACAAAUGAAUUCCAGGUUUUGCAGGCUGUUUUCCUUUAUGCAAAGGAUACUAUUCUUUGUAUUUUCAAAUUGUAAAUAGUAUCGGUUUGUGCUAUAACCACCAUUAUGAGAGAACAUGGAUAUGAUAGAGUGACAUUUGCAAGCUUUGAGGCAUGCGUGUAUAGUAGUUGAGACAACAGUAUUGUCACAAGAUCUUCUGGUGGUGAAUCUUCUGUAUUAACAAAAUCUGUUUAUAUCUUCUGUAUAUAUGCUGACAAUGUCUCUUUUAUCUAA